UGCAGUACUCGCGGCAUGAUGUAAAUCAAAACAUUGGAUUAAUUUUUCAACUAUUUCCAUUGAAACGUUUAAAUAUUUGAAGCUAAUAUGGCUUUAAUAACGCUAAUCGCUGGUAGAUGUACUGUUAAAUUUUCCGUUCGAGUGAUUGGUAGCCGGUAUCGAUCUACAGAGCGUGAACUGGAUUCCAGAAAACACCUCGACGAUGAACAGUUUCCUGUCCUUAAUUUCAAACAGGUCAGAUCCCAACGGGUAGCUCGACGGAAAAUUAUAAGACCCGAAGUGCCCCCACCAAGAACUCAGCAAAUGGCCACAGACCAGGAUUGGGGUGCCGUGUGGCCUGGCCCCAAAUCAUUCAAUCCUUCGGUUGUCCCGCUACCGCUGCGUCAGGGCUACGUAUCAAAAAAGCACCAGACUCCGCCGGGAAAAUUUGCAAAUGCCGAGCUGAUGAAGAUUCCCAACUUUUUACAUCUAACGCCACCGGUAAUCAAAAGGCAAUGUGAAGCUUUGAAGCAAUUUUGCACCCCUUGGCCGAAGGGACUGGAAACGGAGGAAAAAAUGAAGAAACAUUUCCCUCUGGAUUUUAUAACAUCGGAUUACUGUCAUGCACUACCGACAAUAAGAAACCCUCUAUCGCGCAUCGUGACUAUUCAGUUAAAGUUGGAAUCUUUGAAGCUAGACAAACAUGCGCGGGACAAGUUCCUGCGUUUGGUUGGUGACAGACACAAUGCUGAUACGGAUGUGCUGACCCUGGUGACUGACCGGUGUCCACUGAAAAAGCAAAAUUACGAUUAUGCUAUGUAUUUACUAACGGCUCUGUUCCAUGAAUCCAACGUAGUAGAAUCCUGGGAGGAAACCAAAUCGGAGGCGGAUAUGGAGUAUUACGAUUUUCAACGCAAUCGAUCAAAGGUAAGCUCGGAAUCCAUUUUAAACUGGGGGAAGGCUGAGGGAGACGUCCGGUUAAAUGCUCCACUUAGCUAUGCAAGCUCAGUAGAACAGUUGUUUAAUGACGGCGAAAAUGAAUACAAUUUAUCAAAGUAUAAAGAGCAAACGUUAUCCCUUUUGGACCUAGCGAAAUAGUUUAGAAUUUUGAAGGCUGUUGUUCGAAGUUAGCAAAUAAAAAAGUAAUCUAA